AGCUUUCAAAUUGGUUGCCGUCGAGACAGUGAGCAGCACUACGCUCGAACACUGCGCAGCAAUCAGCCCGUUUGCUAGAGUAGCAAGUUGCGGAACAACACUUAGCUAUAUUGUUUGUUCAUAAUUUUAACCAGUAAAAAAAAAAAAAUGCUGAGGAAAAAAUCCACUAGCAGAGAAAAGAAAAGGAAAAGUUCACAUACGGAAGAGCAGCAUGUCGACAGAAGACGCAGGUGUACAGAAUCUAGCGUGGAGGACUCCAAGGACGAGCAGGCAGAUCUGGAGCUGAUUGAGCCUGGCAGCGACGUCGAGGAGGGAGGACUGGACCUGAGUGUGCUGUUUAAACCCAUCAGUGCCUAUGUCGCAGACAGACAUGAGAUGCUAGAUCAGUGCUUUCACGUGCUGGGAGAGAGUAAGCUGCAGAAGAUGCUGCCUGAUGAACUCAAGAGCUGUAGUCUGGAUGAAAUCAAGACAUUGUGCAGGGAGCAGCUGGAGCAGCUGUCUCAAAGCCACCUCCUUCACAUACUGGAGGGUGAAGAGCUGACUGGUUCAUCUGAAGGGGAUAGGGAAAAUGGCGCCGCCGAUAGCCAGCAGGAUAAUAAUGUGGAUUCUACGUCGUCGCUCAAAGAGAGUGUUGAAGUGGAGACCAAACAAGAAGGUGGUGGCUCGGAGGAGAGCGACGUCCUUAGCAUCAACGCCGACACCUACGACAGUGACAUCGAGGGACACAAAGAGGAGCCGUCCGAAAAAACUGAGGAAGCCGCCAGGACACUGGAAGUAGUUGCUGGAGAAAUAUCUAACCCCGGCCCCUCCGCGACCCCAACACCUGCCGACGGGAAACCCUUUGCGGACAAACCCCCCGAACCGAAGAAAGAACUCCAGAAGGACAUAGACAAAAGCGUUAGCGAGAUCCUAGCUUUAGCAUCGACACCUGACCAGGAAGACGCAAAAAAACUGAUGGCGCCACCACUAGCCGCUGCUCCAGAGGCCCCCUUGUUGAUUACGAGGCUACCCGCUCAGAGUGCACCCGUCCCUGGCCCAGCUCCAGCUCCAAGCCAGCCCUCAGCCCAGCAGCUGGAGCUCCUGGAGUUAGAGAUGAGAGCUAGGGCCAUUAAGGCCCUAAUGAAAGCCAACGAUGUGAAGAAACAGACGUAAACAAGGCUAAGGCUCUCAGACUUGUCUUUUUUUUUUUUUAUGUUAAUAAAAUAAUUUCAUUUUCAUAAAAGGAGUCAUAUGUUUCAGUUGUUCUUUUGAAUUUUAAGGAUUGUAAUUGAGUAAAGUUUUUUUUCCCUUCUACUUAA